UAUAAGGGGCAUUAUUCCUUCUAUUUUUAUCUAAAUACCAUGACAAAAAUCUUGUGAUGGGGAGUUAGAGUGCUUUUGUGUGGCGGUACAAUCGGGCCAUUGGGGCGUGUUGACUCUAACACGCUCGCGUUACAAUCUGCACCACCGAACAAAGGCGCGUCCGUAUUAAGUCCGCCCCUCUGUUUGUUUUUAAUAUGUUCAUGAGUUCUUAAUUUGAUCUAACUGCCACUUAAUCCGAACCCGAAGCAAGAUUAUGUGUGUAAACAUCUUCGAUUUCGGAAUGUCUUUCUGGUAUUUGCGCAGGCUCAUAGACCAGUCUAUUUCAAGAAAAAUUAACGAAUCCGAGACAUUUGUAGUAUAUGUCCACUAGAGGGUACUAACGAAGAGAGAGUGAUAGGAAUGGAUCAGAUAAGACACAAUAUAUUUCCAUUUUUUACUCAAAGAUUUGCAAACGCACACUUUCAUGGAAUUCCUGUGGAGCGGUUCACAGUUGGGGGACAUGGAUUCCCAUUCUCCACCCCAAUGUUUCUUGCCCCACAGCAUCACUCCACGGUCCCUGCGUCUACGGCUCCAUCCCCCAUGCUGCCCCCUACCUACCCAGUUCGAUUAGCACCCCCUAUUGGGGUACCGACCUACAACUUUUCGCAGGCAGAAGUGGACAGUGUCCUCUAUGGCUACACCCAGACACGGGAUGAUAAAUGUAAUGGACACGCACUGUCAGGGUUAAGGCUCGGAGACCUAUCGCAUGGCAUUGAUAAGAUUUUAUCUCGGGAAGGAAUUUCUCCUGAUAAGAAAUCUAUGAGCGACAAAGGAAAAUUCCAGGUGUGUAGAAAUCUAGUUGAUGCAAGUGGAAUAGGAAUUCCGGAAGGCCUGGCGCUUUUCCAUACGACACACGCAGGCCUACACCACUAUGGAGUUUUCUGCACGAAGACUGUUCUCAGCCGAGGUACCCGGUUUGGCCCGUUUAAAGGCAAAAUUGUAAAUACAAGCGAGAUUAAAACAAAUGACGACAACUCUUUAAUGUGGGAGAUAUUCCAAGAGGGUAAACUCAGUCACUUUAUUGAUGGUCGAGGAAAUGCGGGUGGGUGGAUGUCCUUCGUAAAUUGUGCUCGGUAUGCCCAAGAACAAAACAUGACAGCAAUCCAGAUCGAGGGUGAUAUUUACUACGAAGCUUGCAAAGACAUCCCGAACGGUACAGAGCUUCUUGUUUGGUACGGAGACUGUUACCUUCAGUUUAUGGGCGUUCCUGUGUCCUUAAAAGAAAUGGCGGACGGCGGCGCACAAGAAGAAUCGGAGACAACCGGCGAGGGUUACCAGUGUGAAAGGUGCGGCAAAGUGUUUGCUUAUAAAUAUUACCGCGACAAGCAUCUGAAAUAUACACGAUGUGUAGACCAAGGAGAUCGCAAAUUCCCUUGUCACCUUUGUAGCAGAUCAUUUGAAAAGAAAGAUCGACUACGAAUUCAUAUUCUACAUGUUCAUGAAAAGCACAGACCUCACAAAUGUAUAGUGUGUGGCAAAAGUUUUAGCCAAUCCUCUAGCCUUAACAAACACAUGAGAGUACACAGUGGCGAGAGACCUUAUAAAUGUGUCUAUUGCAAUAAAGCUUUCACUGCUUCCAGCAUCCUUCGAACACACAUCAGGCAACAUUCCGGAGAGAAACCAUUUAAGUGUAGACAUUGUGGGAAGGCCUUUGCCUCACAUGCAGCACAUGACAGUCACGUGCGAAGAACACAUUCUAAAGACAAAGUGUACGCGUGCUCAGUCUGCGGAAAAUGUGUGUCAAAUGCCUACGAACUGAAAUUACAUAUGAAUAUUCACUCAAUGUCUUAAAAAAACUUUUUAAAGUGCUUUAUUAUCAAAAUCUGUGAUCAUGUG